AUGAUUCCAGCCUUCCUCUUCCUCCUCUUCCUCUCAAUGACAGCCAUUUCUCUGAGGGCUGCUGUCAUUAAAGAUCCAAGUGAUAAGUCUUUGGGGGCCUCAGAAAUCAUUGAAAAAGUCAACGCUGGCUCAUCAAAAAACCUGGUUCAUGGUGACAUUGUUCCUGUUACAACCAGGAAUGCUGAUCCAUGCACAGCCAUUGGCUGCAAAUGGCCUAAAACUGGAUCCCAUGUCUACAUACCUGUCUCCAUAUCCUCUGUAUACUCCACCCAAGAGCGCAACAUCAUCAUCAAUGCCCUGGUGACCUUCCAUGAGUCCACCUGUAUUCGCUUCGUUUGGAAAACAGACCAAACCAAUUCCAUCAACUUCUUCUCUGGAGAUGGGUGUUAUUCAUAUGUGGGCCGUCAGAGCCAAGCGCAGUUAAUCUCCCUACAAAGAAAUGGUUGCUUGUACCUGUCGACAGUGCAGCACGAGGUUCUUCAUGCUCUGGGCUUCCACCACGAGCAGGUCCGCUCUGACAGAGACCAGUAUGUGAGGAUUCUCACUCAGAACAUCUUUCCAGGACAAGAACACAACUUUAUGAAAGUGAAGACCAACAAUCUGCAGACUCUCUAUGACUUCAACUCUGUCAUGCACUACCCCGGAACUGCUUUCUCCCGUAAUGGGCAGCCAACGAUUGUUGCCAAGUCCAAUCCUAAUCUGGAUUUUGGACAUGCUACUCAGAUGAGCGCCAACGACAUUGCCCGUUUAAACAGGCUUUAUGGAUGCUGUGAGUAA